GGAAACCAAUUAAGCGUACUUAGUUGACUUCCUUAAUCGCUGAAGUGAGUAAUGUUGAUAUUAUUGCGUUCAGCACAUGAGUCUAAAAGUUGCUUUACGUAUAUAGACUGUCAAAAAUUAGUUCAAUAGCCAAGCUGUCGCGUGACGCUUUUAUCAAGAAUGAUAAUUGACCUACACCUUCAAGUGUGCCAUCAAGGCAUCCAAAAGAGUCGGCACAUUCACGCCAGGCAAGCAUCUUCCGCCCUAGGCGAGAGCGAUGUUGUGGCCAACGACGCCGGUCUCUAUGUCGCAAGCCUCAACUUCGAGCAAAUGUGCAGCCUGUGCGGUGCAUUCGUAAACUGCCUGGGGAAGCGGAUUUGGAAGGACCGCAACGCUUAGCGCGUCUCAGCGGUGCGGAGGCCUUGUAUCCUAAUGAGCCGCCUGCUAAUGCUACAGCAGAGAGAGUGUAUCCCGACCUGCUCACGAAGAGGGAAAGGAGGAACGGGGGAGUCCACAUCACUUUUCUCCCGUUUCUCCUCUUGAACAGGUUGGCAUACGCGCUCUCUUCCCAGUAGCUUGGCUGUACGGAGUAUAGCGUCCUCUAGAGAUUUCUUGCAGUAUGCCACCCAAGCGGUUGCAGCCUGAAGAUGGAGGGGCGUGCUUUUUUGUCGUGAUGUUCCCCCACUUCGAGGACAGUCUGGCGGUUGUCCCGAGGUGCUGGAUGCUUGAGGGAAAGCUGGCCUGUUGUUGGCCAAAAGGCCGGCAUCAUAAUUUUAAAAGACUUGUACGCAAAGGAGUGGAGCCGGAUGAAAACUGGUACAUCCAUGGAGUUGUGGUGCUAAAGGAGUGCUCAACAUAUGACAAGGCCCUGAGGGUGCUGAAAAGGGCAGAAGAAGACCAGGCACUGGACACCACGGAUGGUGGAGUGGAGCGUGGAUCACCAGGUGACCGUCACUUCCACAGGCGGCCACUUUCCACCCAACAGGCGACGUCGCUGCCUGCACCACCUCCUGGUCUUGCCUGUGGGGUAUUUGGCCCAAGAGCUUCAUCGCCAGUUGCCACUGACGCCGCAAGGUCAAGCUUGGUUUUUGACCACCAACUGCCUGCAACGACUUCUAUGAUCACAGCUCCACCUACCAAUGAUGCGGGAAGGCCGGCAAGCUGCGCUUCAGACUGCCAACCACCCCCUCCAGCAACAGUUCCUGCACUCACAGGCUUUGAGUCACAGGUACUAAAGCUGCUCUUGGAGCAGCGCCAGCAGCUCCGUGAGCUGUCGCAACAGAACACAGCCCUCAAGGAAACCCAGGAGGAGCUGUGCCUGCGGCUGGCCCAGCUGGAGGGCCAACUUCCGAGGAGGACUGAGCCAGCUGGAGAGGCAAUUCAGCUGCCUCUGUUCUCCCUGGAGGAUUUCCAGGCCGCGGAGGAGGUCCUCCAAGAUGGUGCCUCAAGAAAAGCUUUGAGAGCUCGGUUUGUUCUAAUGGGUGGAACAAGUGUGAAGGAUGCGGUUCGCUGCAUCAUGGAGCGAACCCUGAAGAAAGAAGUUCAGGCACAUUUUACUUUCGUGGGGCGGCAGGGGAAGCAGCCAUUUAAAGGAACGAAGCUGUUUUCCGUCAUCAAGGCUGCUGUCCAAAAAAAAACGAAGGCGGCUGACACGGAGGUAGAGGCGGCCAUCCGGGUGUACCUCUACGGUGUGAAGGACCGGGAGGGCGGGCGGCGUUCCCGCUUUUUGGAAGCUGUAGAUGCUGCAGCUUCGAGGAGGAUUGCAGCAUUGAGCGAGGCUCCAGCUUCGAACAACGCUGUAGCCUCGGGCGAAGCUGCAGCCUCGUUCGAUGUUGUGGACCUCUUCGAGGUUGCCGCAUCCGGUGGCUGGAGCGACGAAGAUUUCUAAGAAUAAAACCCGUGACCACA